GAAGAACCAGCGCUUCUCCGGUCUCAAUCGCCAUAUUGUAAAAUAAGCUAACCGUAUUUUCCGAUCCAAGGAAGCCGAGGUCUGCUCCUCCUCCUCCAAUUCAGCUGUAAAUAUUGGAAGAUUCGCAUCAGUCUACAAGUGAAGAAGAGCAUCAGGCUAAAUCCACAGUUAAAUCUGACGUAACAUCAUGAGUUUAUUGAACGACAGUGAGAAGAUGAGUGAUCCAGAACCCUCCGCAAUUAAAGAGGAAGAGACUGAAAAACCAACAGACCUGACGAUGAAGAAUGACCAGACACUUCAUGUCAGUAAAAGUGUGACCUGCGACGUGUGUGGAAAGAAUUUCAAAUGCAAACGGAGUCUCGAGUUUCACUCGACGAUUCACACGGGAGAGAAACCGUACACGUGUACCGUGUGUGGGAAGAGUUUCAGACAGUCGGCAUACCUUAAUCAACACAUGAUGAUCCACACCGGAGAGAAGCCACACAAAUGUGAUCAGUGCAGCAAAAUGUUUAUAAAGGCAUCAGAGCUGAAGGACCAUCGUAGAGUUCAUACAAACGAGAAGCCUUACUCGUGCUCCGUGUGCGGGAAGUGUUUUACACAUCUGCAGAUUUUAAAAAGACAUGAGGUGAUUCACACUGGUGUGAAAGAGUUUAUGUGCUUUGCAUGUGAUAAGGCCUUUCUUACAGCUGGACACUUGAAACGGCACCUGAUGAUCCACACUGGCGAGAAGCCUUACAAGUGUUCACACUGUGAAAUGAGAUUCACCCGGACAGAAUCCAUGAAAGCACAUGAGAGGAUUCACACCGGAGAGAAACCGUACAAGUGUUCACACUGCGACAUGGGGUUCAGUCGGUCGGAAUCUCUGAAAAUGCAUGAAAGAAUUCACACUGGAGAGAAACCUUUCAAGUGUUCGUUCUGCAUCAUGACAUUCAGCAGGUCAGAAUCCCUGAAAACACAUGAACGGAUUCACACUGGAGAGAAGCCUUAUGGGUGCUCGUAUUGCGAUAGCAGAUUCAAUCUGGCUAAAGAUCUGAAAAUACACGAGAGGAUCCACACUGGAGAGAAACCUUACCAGUGUUCGUACUGCGAAAAGAGAUUCAGUCAGCUGCAAAACCUGAAAACGCAUGAGAUGAGUCACACUGGAGAGAAACCGUUCAAGUGUGCGUUCUGUGAAAAGCAAUUCACCAGGUCCGAAUCCCUGAAAGCACACAUGAGAAUUCACAUCGGAGAUAAGCCUUACAGUUGUUCAUACUGCGAAAGCACUUUCAGUCUGUCAAGAGAUCUGAAAAUACACGAGAGGACUCACACCGGAGAGAAACCGUUCACAUGUGAUCAUUGUCUGAAGAGUUUCUCGCAAUUAUCAAACCUUAAACAACACAUGAUAGUCCACACUAGAGAGAACGCACACAAGUGUGAUCAGUGUGACGAAGCAUAUUCGUGUGCUUCGAAGCUGAAGGCCCAUCUUAGAGUUCACACAAGGGAGAAGCCGCAUUCAUGUUCUGAGUGUGGACAGAGUUUUACGCUGAUGUACGAUUUAACCGAACAUCAGAAAUCACACACUGCUGAGGUUUCAUUAGAGCAGGACAUCGAAGCAGAUGAUCACUAUCAGCUCCUCCUCCACCAACGAGCGUCAGAGCAUCAGGAAGAAGUGAAAUCUGAAAGACAGAGUUUAUUGAAGGACAGAGAGAAGAUGAGUGAUCCAGAACCCUGCAGAAUUAAAGCGGAAGAGGCUGAAACAGACAUAAAGAUGAAAAAUGAGGAGAAACUUCAUCAUGUCUUGAAAUGUUUGACCUGCACUGAUUGUGGAAAGAGUUUCGCAUCCAAACAGAAUCUCAAAGUUCACAUGAUGAUCCACAAUGGAGAAAAGCCAUUCACAUGUAGUCAGUGUGGGAAGAGUUUCAGACGGUCAUCCUCCCUUAAUCAACACCUGCUGAUCCACACCGGAGAGAAACCACACAAAUGUGAUCAAUGCGGCAAAACCUUUUUGAAGCUUUCAAACUUGAGGGAGCAUCUUAGAGUUCAUACGAAGGAGAAACCUUAUUCAUGUUCUGAGUGCGGAAAGAGUUUUACAGUGCAGUCAAGUUUGAUGAAACAUCAGAAGAUCCACACCGGUGUGAGAGAGUUUGUGUGCUUUGAGUGUGGAAAGACUUUUAUUACAGCAAAACAUCUGGAGCAACACCAGAGGAUUCACACUGGAGAGAAACCGUACGAGUGUUCACACUGCGACAAGAGAUUCAGUCACUCAGGACAUCUGAAAGCACAUGAGAGGAUUCACACUGGAGAGAAACCGUACAAGUGUUCAGACUGCAACAAAACAUUCAGUUACUUAGGACAUAUGAAAGCACACCGGAUGAUUCACACUAAAGAGAAACCUUACAAGUGUUCACACUGCGACAAGAGAUUCAUUUGCUCAGGAAACCUGAGAACGCACCAAAGGAUUCACAAUGAAGAGAAACCGUACAGUUGUUCACACUGCGGCAAGAGAUUCUGUCAGUUAGGAAACCUGAAAACACACGAGAUGAUGCACACCGGAGAGAAGCCGUACAAGUGUUCACACUGCGACAAGAGCUUCAGUCGGUCAGGACAUAUGAAGAAACAUCAGAGGAUUCACACUGGAGAGAAACCGUACAAGUGUUCACACUGCGACAAGAGAUUCAGUCGGUCAGGGUAUUUGAUCAAACAUCUGAGGAUUCACACUGGGGAGAAACCAUACAAGUGUUCACACUGUGACAAGCGAUUCAGUUGCGCUGGAAAUCUGACAACACAUGAGAGGAUUCACACCGGAGAGAAACCUUAUAAGUGUUCACACUGCGACAUGAGAUUCAGCCACUUAGGAAGCCUGAAAUGGCAUAAAAGGAUUCACACUGUAGAGAAACCACUCUAAUGACACUGAUGUAGCAAAACAUUGUAAUGUGUGGUGUUUUUCAUAUUAAUGUAACUAAUACCUUAAAUAUUGUAAAUACAUCCAACUUCUGUAUGAAUCAAUUCAGAGAGGCAGAGUAAUUGCAUUUUUAAAAUGGAAGUUUUGGUAUUAAACCAGGCAAUGCUAACCAGGGUGACAUGAUGGUGUGAGAUGAGCAAUUUGUGACUUGUUUUAUUAAUUAGUUAGGAUUUUUAGAUAAAUCUAACACUUUGUUAGCAUGUUGCUACCACAUGUUGGUAGUCCUGUUUACUAGCCAGGGUCAAAAAAAGUAAUGUUGCUGUGAUCAGGGGGGGAGUAAAGACUAUUUUAAGGGCCCACACAUUUAGGGGGCCCCCAGAGACAUUGUGCCCCCUUCUCCUCCCCUCACCCCAACCACCCACCCGCUCUUCACUUUCGUCUGCAUCCUUUUGCUUGUCAUAGGGCCAGUGAAGGCCAGCGGCACCCCUGGCUGUGAUUAAAAAAAAUAGUACAAUUUGG